CCUUCAGCCGCUCAGAAUGGCGGAUCUUUUGGAAUCUCUUCUGUGGAAGAAAGUGGACCUAAAAACAGUCUUGGACUGGCUAAGGAACGAUGAGGAUGGGGAGAGGCUGGCAUUCAGAGAACCCGAGGUGACGGUUCACAAACAAGAGUUUGUCCCAUUUCUUCUGAACUUCCUGCGAGAGCAGAGCAGACGAGCGCUGACUCAUGGCCCUGCCACUCCGGCCAAGAUCCCCAGACCUGGUGCACAGACUCAGUCCUUCACCGACAGGAGGAGUUGUGCAGCUGGUUCUCGGAGUGCCAGCCGGGUCCAGCUGUUUUCCCCUUCCCCCUUGAGGUCACCUGGGUCUGAGCAGGACGCCUCCGGGCAGUCGGGGUCCCACUCUCUGAGUGGAGUUGACGCCUUCAGCAGCCCCUCCUUUGCUGCGGGAUGGAGCCCCGCCUCCAGGCCUUCAGGCUCCGAACGCCGGUCCAGCCAGAAGAGCAGUCUGGGGGACUACAUGGUUUCUCCUCCCGACCUCCAAAAAAGCCCCAGCUCCCAGUCACAGAAGGGUCGAAAGAAGAGUGCCGGCAACAUGGCGGUACAACAAGGGAAACAUGGAGGAUGGAAGGGAGGACAUCAGAGUGAUGAGAGUGGACGAUGGGAAAGCGGGGGGAAAAGGUCAGGAAGAGGAGGAGGAGGGAACAGUAGGAUAAGCGAGCAGGUUUCACCUCCAUCGGUGGGCCAGCUCAACUUCAACAACUUGGAGGACUUCCCUCCUGUUGGGUCGUCACCCAUUUCACCUGCGGUGUCCAAACCAUCGAGAAGAAUCAACCCGACUCCAGUCAGUGCCGAACGGCCUCACUCCAAACCAAAGGCCUGCUUCACUUCCACCCCGUUCAGUGAGUCCUGUAGUCCCUCGUUCGGGGGCGAGGGUCUUGAUGGGUCCAUGACGGCGGGCAGUCCUCUGAGCCUGCAGGAAGAGAGGGAGCUACUCAAGAGAGAAAAGACGAAGCGUGCUCAGCAGGUCGGCCCUCCUCCGCCGGCCUCCCUGGAGCCGUGCACCCCCACCAAGUUGGGUCUUCGGACGGGAGCUAAAGUUACACCAGAUCUGCAGACGCCCAGUCCCGAACCAUCCAAAGUCACCUUCUCCUUGGAACUGGAUCUCCUGGCUGAGCUGUACUGUACCUGCAUUUCUGAAAACCUUGUGCCCAACAUUUUCCUGGAGCUUUUCUUUGUGGUGCAGUUGCUCACGUCUCAAUCACCUCAGACUCAUGACGACGAUGAACAGGGAAGUUUGUGUGCCGUGAAUUCAGAAAUUUUGGAGAGAUGUUACCUGAGUCAAGUACACAACUGUGUGUAUUUUGCGGUGAAGGUUCUGGAGAAUCAGUCUCAGCUGGUAGCUCAGUUGGACAAGUGUACCCUGCGUCUCCUGGCAGAGAACGACCGGGUGGCGUCUUUCUCUCCGGAGCUCCGGCAGCAUCUGACUCAGGCCCAGGAGGGGAGCACGGCCAAUCUCUCUCCUUCCGUCUCCACUUUCAUCCACUCGGUCUCAUUCCAGCCAGCUACCGACAACCGGUCCAACUUCAUUAGUGACAAGGCCUUCCACACCUUUAAGAAACAAAGAGAUAUUUUUUACGAGGUGUUACGAGAAUGGGAGGACUUCCACAAAGACCAGGGCUGGAACUUUGCAGCUGCUCUCGGCAACAGGAUAAGAGGAAUGAUGAGUCAACUGACCGCUGCAGGAAACCAUCCACAUUUCGCUCGCCUGUUUCUGAAGCAGCUUGUCCAGAUGUGUAAAGGCCCCCGCGUGAACAGCUCCCCCGGAGACACUCCCGACGCGGACCUGCUCGGCAUGCUGGGAGCCGACAGCCUCGGGCGUCUGAAGCGUCUCGAGGAGCGUCUCAUUCAGCCUCAGGGCGUCGUCGGACCCUGCCCGCCACCGUCCUUCCCUGGUCACCAGGAGUUCUUCAGGGAUUUCCUGCAGACAGCUAGUUGCUGCCAGCUGACGCAGCACCUGCAGGACAGCCUGUGCCAGCAGCUCCUCCAGCUGGACGAGGUGUCCAUCCUGAGUCCUCCUGCUUCCAUCGCGGAGGUACCGGAGGAGGGAGACGGGGACAUGGAGCAGCAGGAUGAAAAGCAGCGGUUCACCUCAGUGCUGCUGCUCGCGCGUCUCCUGGCGAAGUUUCUGGGCUUCAUUUGCUUUCUGCCAUACCAAACAUCGGAGAGACCCUCCAGGGAGAUACAGGACACCGCGGUAGCCCUACGGCGCAAGAGUGUUCCGGUGCUGGAUGUGUGCGCCGUGCUGAGUAACAGUGUGAAGAGGAGGCGCACCAUCCUCACUGUGCCCUGGCUGGUGGAGUUCCUCUCCAUGAUGGACUUCAUCGGUCCCCUCCUGCUCUGCUACAGGACGGCAUUGGGCAAACUGCUUCUCCUGUACAGGAGGAUGCUGCUGGGCAGGUGUGGAGAAAUGUGUUACCUGAACAAGCUCCUCAUGGUGUCUGUGUUGGGUUGGCUUUUUCAGAUCCCGGUGAUUCCCGAGGAUAUUUUCUUCACCAACGAGUUCACGGAGGUGGCCAAGCUGGACGGCGGCACCAUGAGCGUCGCGGGCCUCGACUGCAUUCUCCUGGUGGAUCAGCAGCUGCUCUACACGUGUUGUCCAUUUCUUGGUGAGUUCCGGAAGCUCCUCGCUGCCUUUGUGUCCGGAAGCGCCGCCAAGAGCGGAGGAAUUAUCCGCAAGAUCACGCCCACUUCUGCCGGACUCAAGGACCCGGUGACCGCCAACAGGUCGCAGCAGAAACUGCAGGUGGAUCUCGAGCAAGCCUUCUUCCACAACCAGCCUCCGUCGCUGCGUCGCACUGUGGAGUUCGUGGCCGAGAGGGUCGGAUCCAACGCCGUCAAGCACAUGAAGGCCACAUUAGUGAGCGAGUUGGUGGAGCGAGGAGAGAAGAUGCUGCGAGAUGGGCUCAAGUCGCCAAACUCAAAUCCCUCGAAGCUGAAUGACUCCAUCUGUGCUCAGCUGUGCGUCGCUGGAUUGGAGGCCCUGGCGAAGGCCACCAGAUUCUGCUGCGAGAAGAGUCCGGAGGCCGUCCGCAUUCUGCUCCCCGACGAGACGUCCCCUGCUGUCCUGACCACAUCUGAAAACAUCACCAAACGUCUUGCAACAGAAAAAGCCUGCAGCUGGCUCUCCGCCAACAUCACAGCCCUGAUAAGAAGAGAGUGGAAGAGCCGGUGCGAUCGCGUGAUGAAGGCUGCGGGCGGCGGCCCGGUGGACACGCCGGAGGCAGCGCUCGAGGCGGUCGUCGCCAAGGAGGAGCCGUCGACCUCUCCCACGAGGAAACAAGGAAGCGAGAGAGCGACGUCGACGUCCUGCCCGCCGCACUGCGACCACAGCGCGUCGCUGCCCUCUGACGUCAUCAUCGAGAUGAAGGAGUUGCUGAGCAUUGCAGUCGGCCCCCGGACUGACGGGGAGCUCCUCACCGGCUCUCAGGUGAAAACGCUACUCGAGAGAGUGGGAGACACACUGGCCUGCAGAAAGUUCUCAACGGUGAUGUCGGAGCAGAUGCUGCUGAACUCUACGGUCCUGCUGGCCUGCCAACUGGUGUCUGCAGAGCUGCCCGUACUGCCGGCGCCAGGGCUCAGCGGAGGGGAAGGGGUCGUCGUGGGUCCUGGUUCGGGUCCAGAGCCGCCCGUCAGAGCGCUGCUGGAGCAGCUCGCCGAGCUGUGGCGAGGAGACCGCUGUUCCUCCGCCCCCCUGCACCUGCUGUUCACCCCGCUCACCGUCACCGCCGUGCUGAAGGCCAGCGACACUGAGUGGAAGAACUACCUGUUUCUGGUGAGACAGCUGGUGGACAGACGGGUCUUGAGCGAGGAAGAGGUCGUAUCUCAUUGGAAGAAGCUAACCAACUUGGUCUUGCCGGCGGAGCUGAUAGAGAAUUUCCAGCUGCAGUCACAGAGUAUUAAACCCCCACUGCUGCCUCUGGCGGAGCUGCAGAGCCACUUGGAUAUGCUGCAAGUCUCACAACAGACAGUAGAGGGCGCUACAUGACAACAAUAAUACUACUCUGCACCCCACUGCAUCUUUUCUGUUAUCCACACCUGUGUUUGAUGUCACAGGAGAGAAAGAGAGACUGAUCUGGGUGACUUCUUGUUGUUGUUGACCCCCCCCCGAAUUGCCACUGCAGAGCCCAUCAAAGCUGCACCACAGUCGGCAUCAGCUCGGGCUUUGCAAGCUCCAGACCUUUUUGUUCUCCACAUGUGAAGUGAAAGCAGCCUUUUAGUGAAUCCCUCUGCUCUUUUGCUAAGGUAGGAGAGCCCUGCCUGUCAGAAGUAGCUCAGGGACCGGAUCAUUUCACACCUUUUUGUCUUUUUAGAUCUGUUAAACUUUCCCGCAAGCAAUCCUGGUAUAUGAUUGUGUCCGAAGGGAAAAACUAGAACAGUAGAUGAAACAUUUCAAACGGUGGAGAAUUGGAAGGGACGUAAGUCGGGUCUGCAUCAAACUGAGUAACUUUUGUCACCUUAAAAUAUGCAACUACCAAUUUUUCCGUUAAAUAUUGAACCAGACGAGCCAUAGAUUUUAAAGAAACACUUAAAAUAAUAUUAAAAUGGUCUUUUUUGUGGCGGUUGCAGGGAUUUUAGACUUACGAGAGAAAAAACAAAGUCUUCAUUUUAGUAUAGCACUUUCACACAUUGCCUUUGACCGCCACUACUAGUGAUUGCAUGUUUGUUCCAUGAAUGAGAGACUGCGUUUGUGAUUGGUUUUUAGUUCAUGUUGAACGAGCGCCGUAUUCCCUGCUGCUUUUUAAAAUUGAAAUAUUUUUUAUGUUGCCUUUAAAAAGUAUAAUAAAGAAGUAUUCUGCUUUAAAUGUU